CACUCAUAAAGCCACUACAGAGGAGACAGGACCUGGAGAAGGAACACAUGCUGUAAAUUGUCUGACUGGAUAAAGUUUUCUAGCGAGGAGCUUAAAUAAACAACAGUCAGCUUUAGUGAUGAAGACACCUUCGGUGCUGAUCUCUGCAGCAGUUCUGGCGGUGCUGCUCAGCCCGCUGAGGAGUACAGACGCUGACACUUUUCAAGGCGCAUUCCCACACCCAAACAAGUACAAUCCACACGAAUCGGACAGAUGCCAACAACCAGCCAUCAGUGGACUAAUUUCCCGCGGGACUGGGCCGGUAACCUCAACCGACGAAGUGCUGGAGUCCAGUCGGGAAGCGCUGCACGUCACGGAGCGUCGGUACCUGCGCCUGGACUGGUGCAAGACGCAGCCGCUCAAGCAGACCAUCCAAGAGGAGGGCUGCCUGAGCCGCACUAUCAUCAACCGGUUUUGCUACGGACAGUGCAACUCCUUCUACAUCCCGAGGCAUAAUUACCAGGACGGAGACGUCUUUCAGUCCUGCUCUGCCUGCAGACCUAAAACCUUCAGCACCGUCACUUACACCCUCUUCUGCCCGGGUCAGACACCCAGCACCAGGAAGAAACGGAUCCAGCGCGUAAAGCAGUGCCGCUGCACAACAAUAGAUACGGAUAAGACGCAAAACUAACACAUCCAGGUCGAUUAUAUCCUCUUCAAUUUGGAGGAAAGCUGCAGCUCAAAAAAAAAUUAAAAAACGGAAAGUGUAUUUUGCUUAAAGGACAGAAUAGAGUGGGACGGUGACCUGAGCCUUUUUUAUCAUUAGAAUGGAGAGAAGAUAAUCAACAGUUUGCCACGAAUGUGACAGACAACAUACAUAAGUGGUUGAUUCUAAGAUGAUAUUCUGACCUGCAAUCAAUAAUUAUCACACUGUCCAGAUAUCUUGUAAAUGAUCAGCCAUUGCUUCCAUAAAGUCAGUUUUUAUGUGUGAUGUGAGAUUGAAAGGAUUUGUUUGCAGAGGGACUUUGGAGGGUGGGAUUUAAAGGUGAGGGUUUAGUGACAUUGAGUGCCAAUGAGACCACGUUUAAGCUUAAGUCAGGCUGGUGUGUAACAAUUUAUAAUGUUAUAUUUGUUGCAGACAUGCAGGCUAAUGGAUGUGCAACACGUGUCCCUUUUCAGAAAGUGUAUAUGGUUACAUCUUCAAAAGACUGGGAUGGUUGUAUUGUUUCCACUGUGUGGGAUGUAAAGCUAAAGGCUUUCAUUAUAAAGAGCAUAGACUUUUUUUUCUACAACCUGCACUGCUAAAUGCCACUUCAUUUUAUGACUGUGUAUAAUAUGUGUAUCAUGUAUUGUAAAGUUGCUUGUAAAUAAAACAGUUU